AUGGCUCAUAGCACGUCGCGCGGGUUUCAUCGAGGCAUCCAUGACCGUUUCCAGGCAGUCAGCGGCAAGCUCUUCGCCCGCGAGGUCAUUGAUGCGCUCGCUCUUUCGCUGCACCGUCAAGAUAGCAUAGACGAACCCCGUGUCUCGGUGAAAUCGAUUGUCAGCGUCACAGAUCUUGAGGAUCACCUCAAUGAGACCGGCACAUGUGUAUCAUCCGACACGAUACUUCUCAUCCCGCAAGAAUACUCCUGGGGCCGGUUUUGCAUCACCGAUGCAGCGUUCCAGGUGCUCAUCAAAUCUGCAGCGGUGUUCGACGAGUUCCUGGACGUUGUGGCAGCCUACGGUGUGAAAAGCAGUGAAGACGAACGAGUCUUCUACGGCUGGCGUUCUUGUGCGGUUCGAAAGCAGUGUCUGAAAGAACGACAUGAAAUCUGCUACAACAUUCCCCACGUCGACAGACACGGCCGGAAUCUGCGUGACCCGUGGUCGCUGAGACAGACAGGCGUGUACCAGCAACUGCGCAACGGUCUGCGAACGUCGCGUUGGAUACUGCUGAACCUGACAGAUCACGCGAAGCUACACCUCAAGGAUAUCGUUGAGUCGCGGCUCGAUUGCUGUCACUUGGCCUUACACGCGGAGCUCCUCUUGACGCUGGGCGCCAAUUGGGCAGAAUACAUUGAAUAUCUGAGUUCGGAGCUGAGGAAGCAUAAUGACAAGGCGUGCUACUCUCCUGUUGAUCGAAUGAACGAUCAUGGCUACAGCGUCUCCAACCUGCUUGACGUCUAUUGUCUGGACAUGACACGCCAUCUCAAUAGCCUUCGAAGGCUAGACCGUCGUCUGGAGAACAUUCUGAACCUGUCUAAUCUCCGUUCUCAGCUCUCGAAGAUCCUGAUGUUUCGAAACGAGGAACUUCUGCAAGCGUCGAACAGAGCAUCUAGUCAGACGCUCGCCACGCUUCUCCACAUCACCGAUCAAGGAAACGGCCAGCAGGAAACCCUCACCAAGCUUCUCGGUACAGGACAGGCUGAUUCAGCCUUGCUCAAGGCCCUAUCGAUUGUUGCGACAGUCUGUCUGCCGGCAUCCUUAGUUGCAGUGAGUCUGCAAACAUAUGGGACAGGCAGCCCGCGCUAA